UGUUCAGAGUGACGGGUCUCUGGGAGCGGUCGGUGGCUCGGCGAGGAUCAGCUGUAACGGGACUGUUACCGAGGAUGAAGAUGAUGAUGCUCGUGCUCCUCUUACUCAUUUCCCAACAUGCCUCAGGGCUGGAGGUGUAUGAGGGGGUGGAGUCUGUCCUGCUGCACUGUCAGGUAUCAGUUGAUGUUUCCGAUAAUGACACAGCAGCGGUGUGGGACCGUGAGGAGCUCAGUGAUGCAACAGUUCACCUGCGUCUGCAGAAAAGUGACGAUCUUAGUGUUCAGAAUAAGCUUUACAAACAUCGAACAUCAAUGAGAGUCGACGCUCUGCAGACUGGAGACCUCAGCCUCACUCUGAGGAAGCCCACAGUCUCUGACAGUGGAACCUACACCUGCAUCUACCGCAAGGCUGGAGAAGAUCAGAGCAAAACUGUAGUACAGCUGAAGGUCACAGAACCUCCUCCAGUCUGGCCCAAAGUCCUCGCAGCUGUGCUGAUUACUCUGAUCAUCCUGGCUGCUGCCUUUGGUCUGUUUAUGUGCUGUGCAUAUAAAAGGAUGAAGGACAGAGAAGCUCUGCAGCCAGAGAUGGUGGAGGUGCCACAGGGGGAGGAGUCUGUCCUGCUGCCCUUUAGAACCACAGCUGACCCUCCUCAGAAUGUCACAGUGGAGUGGACAGACUCCAAUUACAUGAAGGUCCACGUGUAUGAGAGUGGAAACAAUCAGCCAGAUAAACAGCACCAGGUUUACAGCGGUCGCACAGAGAUGGAUGAAGAUCCACUGAGAACUAAAGACCUCAGUCUGACCCUGAAAGACCUCCGCCCUACUGACAGUGGAGUCUACACCUGCACCGUCUAUGACAAGGAUAGAAACAUGCUGCUACAGAAAUCAGUGACUCUCAGUGUCAGAGUUCCUCCACCAGAGGUGGUGAAUGUGACAGAUGCAGAGGAGUCUGUCCUUCUGCCCUUUAAAACCACAGCUGACCUUCCUCGGGACGUCACAGUGGAGUGGACUCUCACUGAACCCACAGAGAGGAAGGUCCACGUGUAUAAGAGUGGAAACAAUCAGUCACACAACCAAGACCAGGAUUACAGAGGUCGCACAGAGAUGAAUGAAAAUCCACUGAGAACUAAAGACCUCAGUCUGACCCUGAAAUAUCCCCGCCUCACUGACAGUGGAGUCUACACCUGCACCGUCUACAACAAGGAUGGAUACAUGUUGCUACAGAAAGUAGUGACUCUCAGGUUCAGAGAGAGUGUGCCAGACAUUGUGCAGGUGCAAAAUGGAAAUGAGUCUGUCCUGCUGCCCUUUAAAACCCCAGCUAACCUUCCUCAGGACAUCACAGUGGAGUGGACUUUCACUGAAACACAACAAAUGAAGGUCCACGUGUAUAAGAGUGGAAACAAUCCGCCAGAUAAACAGCACCAGUGUUACAGUAGCUGCACAGUGAUGAGUAAAGGUCCAGUGACAACUAAAGACCUCAGUCUGACCCUGAAAGACCUCCACCUCACUAACGGUGGACUCUACACCUGCAACAUCUACAAGGAUGGACACAUGCUGCUACGGAAAUCAGUGACUCUCAAUGUGUAUGACACUGUGAGCAGGAUGGGGACAGUGUAUGGAAACAAGUCUUAUUUGCUACAAUUUGAAAAAACAGAUCAACUUGAUCAGAUUUCCAAAGUGAAGUGGGAACAUAUAUACCCCAAAUACAAGUUCAUAAAGGAAAUAGAAAAACAUCAGGGAAAUGAGAAAGACCUCAGUCUGAACCUGGAAGACCUCCGUCUUACUGACAGUGGAAUCUACACCUGCACCGCCUACAGAGAAAAUGGGGACAUCCUGCUACAGCAAUCAGUGAUAUUCAGUGUCAGAGACUUCCAACUGGAGAAGGUGGAGGUGACAGAGGGGGAGGAGUCUGUCCUGCUGCCCUUUAAAACCACAGCUGACCUUCAUCAUGUUGACAGGGUGCAAUGGUUUGUCUCUGAACCCAAACUCAUGAUGGUCCACUGCUUUGGUGUGUAUAACUACAACCAGACAGGUAAACAGGACCCGGCUUACAGAGGUCGCACAGAGAUGAAUAAAGAUUCACUGAGAACUGGAGACCUCAGUCUGACCCUGAAAAAGCCCCUCCCCACUGACAGUGGUAGCUACACCUGUACGGUUGGCAACAAGGACGGACGCAUCCUGGUACAGAAAGUCGUGACUCUCAGAGUCAGAGCAACAUUAAAGGGAACCAUGGCAGACAUGUUUUCACGUCUCAGGAGGAGGAGUGCACCAAAUGCAGAGGUCAAAGAGGACGUGAGGAACAGGAGCCAUGAAGACUUUCCUCUGAUGGAUGUUCAUUCAGCUUGAUGGGUCACACAGGAGGAGGAGGAGGAGCUGGUGAUGAAGAGCAGCCUGUGUGUAUAUACAGUAUAAAGUAUUUAGUGUGUAUUGAGCCCUGAGGAAGAUGAAGAUGCAGCUUUGCUUUGGCCUUCCUCUGCUAACAGCAAACUAACCUCAGCCAGAUGUUCUGCAGCUGUUUGUCUAACAUUAGAAGUUUAUAAUGAUGAUGACCCCGAGCGUGUUUCUGCUGUUCUGAUGGAUCUCCACGGAGCGUCCUGACUCUGUGUCACAUGUUAGCUUCAUGUGGGUCAAAGGUCAAAGCUGCUGACUGUCAGGAAGCUUCAGAGAAGAUCAGACAAACAGAUGAAACACCCUCUCUGACCUCAGAGCUGCAAUCAGAGCAGGAAGGACCUGUGAUGGAGGCCCUGAGGCCACACCCACACUUCCUGUCAGUGCCUCUGAUUGACAGCUGCCUCCAUCAGUAUCAUAUAUAUCCAUAUAAUCACCCUGAGGUCACUGAUGUUGUGAUGUUGGUGCUGUAUAAACCAGAUUAAAUGUUUUUACACAUCAA